AUGAUGAAACUGAAGGAGCUAGAAUCUUGGCUCCAAGACAUUACUGGGUUUGAAAAUCCAAAGGUAAAACUAGAGCAGUAUGAAACACCAGCUCACAUUGCUGCACGGAUGGUUCAUACGAUGGAAUCCUCAUUUGGAGAUCUGCAGGGGAAGGUUGUAGCGGAUCUGGGAUGUGGGUGUGGAAUGCUGGCAGUUGGAACAGUCAUGAUGGGUGCCUCAGUCACUUUUGGCUUUGACAUUGAUAGUGAUGCUCUUCAGAUCUGCCAAGAAAAUCUAGAGGAAUUAGAGGUCCCGUCCAUAGAGCUAAUACAAACUGAUGUCAAGUUAUUAGCCGGAGAUCAAUCAAAAUUCCACAAGUUUUUUGACACCGUUGUCUUGAACCCACCCUUCGGCACCAAACACAAUCAUGGUUCAGACAUGGAAUUUCUCAAAGUGGCUUUAGAUAUUUCCAAAACAGCAGUGUACAGCCUACAUAAGACUGCCACAAGAAGCCACAUAACAAAGAAAGCAGCCGACUGGGGCGUUAAGAUGCAGGUUUUGGCUCAACUACGUUAUGAUCUCCCAAGUACCUACAAGUUCCACAAGAAGAAGUCAAUUGAUAUUGAAGUUGAUUUUAUUAGAUUCUCUCAUAAAUAGAUCCAAUAUUGAGAUAGGUACAUAUUUUUUACAAAGUUAAAUAAAUAAAAUGAAGGACUGAGGGGGGAAUUCUGAUUGUAAGUGUACUGGUAAUUAUACACAAUUUAUAUUUGA